AUGGCACCAGAGAACACAGCCCACGGUCAACCGUCACCCCCUCGUUCGUCUGAUGAGCAUCACCCCAUUGACUACGAUUACGGCUCGAUUCCAUCACACGCCAUGUUAGCGCCCUAUACUCCUCCAAUGCAAUCAUACAAUUAUGCUGAUCCAGAAGAAUAUGAUUUGCAUCGUCAUCAGGACCACCACGACGACGACGACCCAAGCUACUACCCAGAAACAACUUACCAUACACCACCACAACCCAUAGCUGCUGGAGGCAUGCAGACCCGCAGUGGCAGGUCCAUCGGAACACCAAUGUCAGCAAGUAGUCCUUCUAGCAGAUUAUCGGCUUCGCCCCGACCAAAGAGAAAUAGGAAAGGCAAGGACAAGGGCAACAACGAACAGUUCAAGAUCACCGAGCCUUUGAGCGUGAUGACCAAAGACUACGAUGUGCCGGUCGAGGACAUGGAUGCCUGGGUCACCCGACCAAACCAAGUUCGAUAUGAAGAGAUUGGCAAGAAGCACAAAGGUGGUAUUCCCAGGCCAAUGAAUUCCUUCAUGCUGUAUCGUCGGGCGUACAAGGAGAGAAUCAAGAAGUGGGGUGCACAAGGAGACAACAACCAAAUGAUCUCGUCAGUGGCAGGUUGCAGCUGGCAUCUUGAGCCGCAACACAUCAAAGAUUAUUAUAACAAGAUUGCCAAGACCGAGAGCGACAAUCAUGCAAAGGCAUUCCCGGAUUACAAGUUCUCUCCAAACAAGACCAAGAAGAAACAAGUCCACGACGACGAAGAGGACACAGAUCCAGAAUGGGAUGGCGGUUCGGUGUACAGCAACAAGCGAAGACGAGGCCGCCAUGACAGGGAUGUCACAAGAAGUCGGUCAUCGACACCAGCGCACAUGAUGUAUGGGUCUCCACAGAUGCAUCCUUCGUCGUACCAGAUCGGCAACCAUCUUAUGCCUGUCCCUCAAUAUGAGCAGUGGGUGCAGCCUGUUCAGUAUGGUCAGUACUACUCUUAUGACCACAUGGGUUAUCCUAGUCAAGGACAUGCUAUGUCAUAUGGCCCCAGGUCAGUGCCAGUACAACAGGAGCGGUACAUAUCGCCGCUUGUUGGGUUGCCGCCAACGACUGAAGGGUUAGUGGAGGGUGAUGGUCUCAUCCAGCCAGACUUCGGUAUUGAUCCCAGUCUUGAUGAUUACGCUCCACAAGCAAGUUACCAUUAUGGGUCGUUCUCAGAAGGUCUUCAUGAGCAUGAUCUUCGGAGAAGUCAGUACGAAGAGCCAGAACCGGUAAUACAUCCUGGCAUGCAAACUCUCGCUCCAGCAGAGUCAUCGUGGGAUUCAACAAACCAUGCUGGCCAUGCAUUUGAUACAGAGUUGAAUAGGUGGCCUGGCGAGCAAUAG